AUCAUUUUUCCAUUUUUCCCCCUUUAAAUCGUGACGCCUAAAUAAAUACUUACGCUCACUUCUUAGGGCUUACCUUCGUGAUGGCGGCUUCCGAUGAUUACACGCCGUUAUUCCCGAUCGAUCGCCCGGUUGAUGGGAAAGUCAAGAACUUCAUAUCGCAGUUCUACGCCAUAUCUGAUGACAGAUCAAGGGACGAGGAUUGGGUCAACUCCUUCCUACCUGAUGCCACCGUUAUUAUAGGAGAUAAGAUGGCAGUGGGAACUGAGGAUAUUCGCCAAAUGCGCAAGGGGAUGUGGGAAGGAGUGCAGACGCGAAAACAUAAACCUUUGGCGGUGUAUCCAGCCACCUUCUAUCCAGAGACGGCUUACGGCGAAGGCGAAAAAGAAAAACCGGCGGCCCGGUAUAUGAUCGAAGGGACGUUGAUUUCGACCGGGGAGAAGCUCGAGACCCUGGAGAUAACGUGGGCGGCGCGCGCGAUCUUAAAAGAGGAACGGGAACGGGGAGAACUGAAGUAUAAGCUUUAUCAAGUCUACCUGCAUAAGAAACUCGAUACCCACGACGAAUAGCUCGGUGACUUCUCUCGUUUGCAUUUGGUUUGUAUGUACCAUUUCUCACUCCUGUCCUGUCCUCUAGGUACGUGGUACUUGGACGGUAGAAUUGCGCGGAUAGGAAAUCCCGCCUGAUCCGUUUACCGCUAGGCGCCGGGAUGAUGCAAUUAUAUAAAUUCUGUCAUGAUGGACGCUUUUGGGUUUGCUGAAAUUGCAAAACUUAGGUACCUGCUUGCGCCCUGGGUACCUGACUUAAAGUCUCAAGUCUUAUGUGUAUUAUAUACAUACAUGACUUGACUUAGACGGAUGUCUCGCACACCAGUCUUUAACGAGAAACUAACUGUUCUAGAAAUAGAAAAAGAAUCAAUCUGCUCUCGUGCCUAGCGCGCAUACACAUGGUUCUUCAGCUCGGCGUCAGCUGAUCUUGUACGCCCUGAUCACGAUGGUGGGUUGGGGAUGGGAAGGGAGCGGGAGCGGUGGGAGAAGCUGGAGUCUAGAUAGGUGGCUGGCUGGCAGGGGGCGUGACUGGUUUGGUAUAUUAUUGAUUACCUAGUGUAUUGAUGAUAGAUGACGACGAAGUCCCGUGAUGAAAUCAUUCGGAGCAAAUAGUGUAUCAUUAUUAUUUGGAUUCCUGGUCCGUGACCUCGAAUGUGCCCCUUUUACUA